GUCGGUGGUUGUGCAAGGGGUUGGAAUCGCAGAAUCGCUCUUUCAACGUCCCGUUCGCGACGUUUCCAAUCAAUUUUUCUGCCAAGGACACCGUCCUCUCGGUCUGGCGAGGGUUUUCGUGGGUCUCGAGACGAAGGAUAUCUCCUAGACGCGGACGAUGUGAUAUCGGUGGUUCUCAUCCGCGUCGAGAUCAGUUUUUCCCGCGUUCACGUGUGGUGGUUUCGAGUUUCGGUGGAGGACCGGGCUCGUGGUAGGUGAACGAAGAGGGUGAAAGAGAAAUCAGUGGCAAAUGCAUCGGUGUCGACGGUAGUACGAUCGGGUCUCUUAUGGCCUAGCCGAUACGGUAGGCGAUCAUCGGCUGUCUGUUGGUUUCGAUCGACCUAUUCGAGAUGAGACUGCUGGAGGUGAUUUCGAUUCUCUGCUUGGCGACGAGGUGCGCCGAUUGCAGGGCGGUUGACGGCGAUUCCAGGGACAGAGACUUCGAAAGGCAUAGACGCAAGUUCACCGCGGAGGAGCUUCUGAGUAACAAGUUCCCGCACGGGAUCACCGGUGAUCUAGACCUGGACGUCUGCAAGGCGGGUGGUUUUCUCGGCGACAUCGCCCUGCCGAAUAUCAAGUACGAGACAGAAUGGCGACAGCAAAAGCUCAACAAGAGUUACCUCGAGGAGCUGGAGAAGUACCGGGACGAAGUCUUGAAAGAGGGUCUCCAGGUCGAAGAGGAGGGUCUCACAGAGAUCCUUCAAUUUAAAAAUGAGCACGGCGGUAACGAGGCACAUCAGGAGAACGAGGAGAUCGCGGCUUCUCAAGAGAAAUCCGAACCAAUUAUGGUGGACCGGAAUCAAUACAGCAUGGACGGCGAGCUCGGUGGUGAAUUCAGUUUUAACGCGAGGAACGACGCCGGGCCCGACGUCAGGGACGAGGGCUUCGAAUUCAGAUUGGAGUCGACAACACAAUCGACAAAAAAACGACAUUCUGUUCGAAAGCAAAGUCAUCAAAUCACCCACACAGAGUCCAACGUGGAUGAAACGAAAUCGAUGAACACUCCUUCAAGAACGUCCCAAGAGUCGAGCGCGACUACCACGACCACCGAGAACACCAAUCAAAUGAAAUAUGCGAAUAUAGAGAACGUAGAGGAAAUGUUCACCGUUCAACCGGAGCGCACUACCCAAAACGUAUCGAAACGGCGUCAUCGUCGUCAUCAUCGCAGAAGAACAACAAGAAGAAGGCACCAACGUCGCAAGGUUCCUCUGAUCAGACGCGACUCGGACGACACGUCCGACGAGGUCGUGUCUCUGCACGACCGUCAGCUACGUUCUAUCGAGUUCUACGACAUGGAGCACAAACCGAAGUAUUUGGCGAACAAACGGGGAACCACGAGACACGGGUUUCCGAGCAGGACGAGGAGAGCUGCGACGGCCCGCAAGGAGCGCGUGUGGGACCAUGGCGUGAUACCGUACGAGAUCGAUGGGAACUUUUCCGGCGCCCACAAGGCAUUGUUCAAGCAAGCCAUGAGACACUGGGAGAACUUCACCUGCGUGAAAUUCGUCGAGAGGGUCCCCGUCGAACAUCCUAAUUAUAUACUUUUCACCGAGAGACCGUGCGGAUGCUGUUCGUUCGUCGGGAAGAGGGGAAACGGGCCGCAGGCCAUAAGCAUCGGAAAAAAUUGCGACAAGUUUGGUAUAGUCGUUCACGAAUUGGGACACGUCGUUGGCUUUUGGCACGAGCACACUAGACCCGAUCGUGACCGCCAUGUGCAGAUUAUUCGUGACAAUAUCAUGUCCGGGCAAGAGUACAAUUUCAACAAACUGACGGAAGAAGAAGUGAAUUCGCUGGGGUUGCCAUACGAUUACGAUUCGAUUAUGCACUAUGCGAAAAAUACGUUUUCGAGGGGUACGUACUUGGACACGAUUCUCCCAAUGGAGAGGGAUGGAAAGAAACGUCCCGAGAUUGGACAAAGACUUCGACUCAGCGAAGGUGACAUCGCUCAAACCAACCUUCUCUACAAAUGUCACAAGUGUGGCCGAACGUUCCAAGAAAACAGCGGAAGCUUCGGUUCCCCGUCUCAUCCGAAUAGUUCGCCUCCUAUCGAUGGCGAACGAUGCGAAUGGAGAAUCACAGCGACCCACGGCGAACGCAUCGUCUUGAACAUCACGUCCUUGGACAUAUUUAAGAGCAAUUUUUGCCGAAGUGAUUACCUGGAGAUCAGAGAUGGUUACUGGUACAAGAGCAACGUUCUAGGUAGAUUCUGCGGUAGCGGGAAGAUCCACGAGCCCGUCGUUUCCACCGGAAGUCGGAUGCUGGUAACGUACGUGACAUCCAGUCGUCAGAGCGGUCAUCGCGGUUUCACGGCGUCCUACGAAGCCGUUUGCGGCGGUGACGUCGAACUCGACGGCACCGGUCAUUUGGAGUCGCCCAAUUACCCGGAAGAGUACCAAUCCAGCAAGGAGUGCAUUUGGAAGUUGUCGGUGCCCGAGAACUUUCAAGUGGCUCUGAAGUUUCAAUCCUUCGAGAUCGAGAACCACGACAAUUGCGUGUACGACUACGUAGAGGUUCGCGACGGUCAUAACGCGGACUCUCCAUUGAUCGGGGUUUAUUGCGGCUACAAAAUACCACCGGACAUUAAGUCGACCGGGAACAAACUUCUGGUGAAGUUCGUCAGCGACGUAUCCGUGCAGAAGGCUGGAUUUUCGGCCACGUUCAUGAAAGAAUUCGACGAGUGCGUUCUAAUCGAGCAUGGAUGCGAACACGAUUGUAUUAAUACUCUGGGCGGAUUUGAGUGUUCCUGUAAACCGGGCUACGAGUUACAUUCCGAUGGGAAACACUGCGAAGAUGCCUGCGGCGGAGUAUUCGAAGACAGCAACGGAACCAUCACGAGCCCCUCGUUUCCGGUAACUUACCCGGGAAACAAGGACUGCGUCUGGGAAAUUAUAGCUCCUCCCCAGUACCGUAUCACGCUCAAUUUCACUCAUUUCGAUCUGGAGGGCACCAAGGCGCGACAGCAGGAAUGCGAAUACGAUUCCGUCGAAGUGAGCAGCAAGCUCGGUGACGAUAUCUUGAGGAAACACGGGAUUUUCUGUGGAUCGAGGUUGCCGCAGUUAAUUACGUCGGAAGGGAACUUUAUGAGAGUGACUUUCACGUCCGACAACAGUAUUCAGAAAACUGGUUUCGCAGCGAUUUUCUUCACGGACAUGGACGAGUGCGCGAACAACAACGGUGGCUGUCAACACGAAUGCAAGAACACGAUAGGCUCUUAUCAAUGCUUGUGUCACAACGGUUUCACGCUUCACGAAAAUGGACACGAUUGCAAAGAGGGUGGUUGCAAAUUUGAAAUCGUCGCGCCAGUGGGCACUAUCACGUCACCGAACUAUCCGGAUUAUUACCCUGGUCUCAAGGACUGCGUUUGGCAUUUUGUUACCAAGCCUGGUCACCGUAUCAAAUUAGUUUUUAAAGUCUUCGAGAUGGAGUCCCAUCAAGAGUGCGCUUACGACCACAUCGCUAUUUACGAUGGCGAUUCACCGGACAGUCAUAUUCUUGGUAAAUUCUGCGGUACUAAAGAACCACAUCCGAUUCUAGCGACCGGGAAUCAAAUGUAUAUGGUCUUCAAGAGCGAUGCUUCCGUCCAGAGAAAAGGAUUCCUAGCAUCUCACAGCACUGCUUGCGGUGGCCAUCUCGUUGCAUCGAGCGAAGUGAAGCAUUUGUACUCGCACGCGAAGUACGGCUACCAUAAUUACGACCACAGAACGGAUUGCGAUUGGGCGAUCGAGGCACCGCCUGGCAAAAACGUGCACUUGACUUUCCUCAUGUUCCAACUCGAAUUCGAAAACGAGUGCAGUUACGACUUCGUCGAAGUUUACGCUGGCCUGGACACUUCCGGUCCCUUGUACGGACGAUAUUGUGGAAAUGGCAAUGCGACCGACUUCGUAUCGAUGAACGAGGCGCUGCUGGUGAGAUUCAGAACGGACGACACGAUAUCGAACAAGGGCUUCGUGGCGCGUUUCGUCGCGGUGGAUCGCAAGGACAGCGGGGAGAACUAUGGCGGUUCAGAGGACGAGGAUCUCGACGAGGAGAACCUCUGAUCCGUGGCCGGCCUCGCCAAUCGACUGGGCUACGGAUUCUACAUCGGUUCACUCUUGCGAAGUAACGAACAAAGUGAAAACGAAUAAUGUUGCCCGGCUGUCCGAACAGAACGUUCAACGUUCGACGGAGUCGUAGUCCGGACGCGAGUGGAUCCUGCUCGAUCGACGAGGCCGUAAAGUUUGCGCACCUCUUGCGAGCACACCGAAACAAACCCAACCGCAUCAAGUCGGCCGAAUGAUUAUCCGUGUUCACGAUCACCAGAAGGAAAAGCAUAACUUUCCUUGAAUCGACCCGAGGUCCUCGCGAUCAGGAAUAAUUCGUUCCUUUUUGCGAGGCGCGUUAGCAAAACAGCUUUCCAUUUGGAACGUAGCAUGUACGACCCUGAAAUUCGGCCUAUCAUUCGGGCCAAUCGUGCCAUUAUGUGUUUAGGUAGAAUUGCAUUAUAAUGUUAACUCUCAUAAGUUUCGACCCCGGUGAGACAGCACGUUCUGUUCAGGAGAAAGAUGAAUGUCACGACGUUGCCAAAACGGUGUUCCGUAUUUGUUCGCGGAACACCGUCGAUAGAGAGUAAUUGUAAGUGAUCGAUAAACGACAAGGAAGGCACGAAAUGUCGACAAUUAAAGAGAAUUCGAAACAAGUCGACGUUGUUCUCUCAAACACUGCCCCGCGAUCGCAUCAAACGAUUCGACGAAGUCUCAAGAUCGCUUUCUUCUCGGUCUGCGUGUAUACCUUCAGAUCCCCGGCUCUUUCCUCUUCGACGAAAGUGCUUCGCCAUAACGGUGUACUUUUUAAGAGUUUCGCGUAAACGUAUCCUGAUAAAUGGUUCUAACGUUCGCGCGGUAAAACAGACGAAAAGAUAAACAAUCCAGCGAAACGAGAGUAUUCUUCGGUUGGACGACAGGCGCCGCGACACUUUUCGCUCCUGGACGUCUCUCGGUGGAAACCUUCCGAACGACAACUUGUGCAAAUACUUGGGUAAUCUAGAUAUUAAUUUAGAGAUAGCGCCGACCGGUCCUAAAGUCGACGAUAGAAAUUUUAAGGCGAACCUCGUACGAACCGUCUUAAUGGAACUUUUCUGAGCGUAAUCGAGGUUCUCGUCGAACGUUUAUUGUACAUAGAUAAAACUUAGAUAUGUAGACGUCGUGCCGUUUUAUAUGUAGUCAUAGGAUCGACGAACGAUCAAAUAUUUCGCUAAUCGAGUGAAUUUUUUCGACAGUUCUUGACUCUGUACUUUCGUCCGUGCUUCUCGAUUAAAUAUCGCGGAUUGGCGACGUACAGGAUGGCUCGAUUCAUUCGAUUCGCGCAAUUAUCGGAUUUUGCUUUCGACGAAGCUUUAACAAAUUUGUAUCGUUGCCAUUAACAACGUAUGAAAUAUAGCGAUCAGUAGAUUGCGGAUCUUUACGCAUUUAUAGGAAAUUUGAAUGUGCAAGAAGAAAGAUAAAGAAAAGAUUCAAAGUAAAGUUCAUGUUAGAACAUUUUCAAAAUAAAAUAAAUUCCUAUUUCGAUACAUAGAUUCAAUUUUUGUAGGCACGUUCGCGAAGAUUUUAUUUUGCAUAAAGAUCCGCAGUCUGCUAAUCAGUAUAGCUAUAGCUUAUAUUCAUAGAAUAAGAUCAAAUUUAUUCCAAAAAUGUUAGAAUAGAAUAUCCCUUGAAGAACACCGAAAUUGUUCAGAUAUCUGAAAGACGGUAUGCUCCCAACAGAGUUCUUUCGACGUGUAACAUCCUCGACUAACAAUUUUCAAAAGCAUUCUUCGAUAUUACCGAUGCUUCAGUCUGCGUGAAUCGAUUGAACCAAGCCGUCUCAGACAAAACAGGAGACUGUUGCUGUAUGAAAUUGUUCCGAUCUGAUUGUACGAAUAAGUUAACCAAUUAGAGAGUAACGAUUUAAUAAAGAAAACAUCGGGAUAUUAUACUCCGAAGAAGUGCAGCUAAAGUAAAUAAAAUCGCAAUGAUUUCGUCAUAGCUUGUCCACUUGCUGGGAAUAUGAUUUGAGUAUUGGAAAUUUUGUAACGACUCGCGGUUAAAUAGUGAGAUGGUAAGUUUGGAAUGUCAUUCUACAAAUUUUUGCUCGGAUUGCGUUCAAGCGUAGGACGAAUUUGCGAUUGCCGAAAUCGCGUUACACGCGACGCCAGAAACGUAUCGCUCGAUGUUCAUCGAGAUACUCGUGCUUUCGACAAAACGAAAAACAAAUGCUGUUCAUUUGUACAUUGUAUUCGUAAAGAAAUGCUGUUCUUUGUACAUUGUAUUCGUAAAUCUCGCGGUCGCGUGCAAUCUUACAUCGCGUAAGGAAACACCAUAUACUUACAAGCAAAGACAUCGGUGAUGAUAUCAUUCGAGUAAGGCCUUUCUUUUUCGAAAUUUUAUAUAUUCAUCGUACGUAACGCACUGCCUCGUGUACGUUUACAAUAACGUUACGCAAAAGUUGUUCUCGAAAACGACAUCCGUUCAAUGUUUCUUUUUUUUUUUUUUUUUUUUUUUCUCUGUUUCAAUUACAUCGUAAGACGAAUACGGCCUAUACCAUAAUCAAAAGGACAUGUUUGUACCCGAACGUGAGUGGAUAGACGCGCAGAAAUGAUUCAAUUUGUUUGGAAGUGUGCGGUCGUGCGCAGCAAAUGUACGUGUAUGUGUGCGAGUACACGUAUAUGCAAAUAAUUUGUCAAAGAUUCGUACGCCUAAUACAUACGUAUAAUAAUAUCUUAUCUAUUAACGGAUGAUAAGAGCAACAUUAAGCGCCGCGUCAAGUUCCUUUUUGUAAAUUAUAUGUGAUUCAUUUGUUCUCAGAAAUACACGUUAUAGGCACUCUA